CGCGAGCUGCAUAUGAAACUUUUUCGAAAUAGAAUUUUACUUCUGACGUUAAACCAUUGCCUUACAUCUCUCUUAAUUAACUUUUUGACUCGAUGUAACUGUAAAAUAAUCUAGGUUUAAGUCAGAAAUUCGUUUAUUAUCAUCAAGAAAAACAAGGAUUUAAUAUGGUUGUUCUUAACAACCGCACUCGUUACUGUCAACACACAGCCAGGAAAUCGUUCCUUCGCACUUCUAUUUUCCCCGAAAGUCUCAAGAUACAAUGCUAAAUCCUCCAAAAUUAGGAGUUUUUAUUAGUUGGAGCAAAAAUCUCUUUUAUUUAUAAGUUAAAUUAACAUCUAAAAUAAACAACAUGGCAGAAGCUGUUAAAGUCAUAGUUCGCUGCCGGCCACUUAACCAGCGAGAGAAAGACCUAAAAUGUGACGUAGUUCUUGAAAUGGAUGGCAAUUCAGGCCUUUGUACAUUACACAAACCAGGAGACAAAACACAGCCACCUAAAAACUUUACCUUUGAUGGGGCAUAUUAUAUGGAUUCCACGACAGAGGGAAUAUACAAUGAUAUAUGUUUCCCUCUAGUUGAUGGUGUACUUGAAGGUUAUAAUGGGACGGUUUUUGCAUAUGGCCAAACUGGUUGUGGAAAGUCAUUCAGCAUGCAGGGCAUCACUGAUCCACCAAGCCAAAGGGGAAUCAUUCCAAGAGCUUUUGAGCAUAUAUUCGAGACAGUACAAGUUGCUGAAAAUUCCAAAUUUCUCAUCCAUGCAUCUUAUUUGGAGAUAUAUAAUGAAGAGAUCCGUGAUCUACUUGGAAAGGAUCAUAAAUCAAGGCUAGAGCUUAAAGAACAUCCUGACAGGGGGGUGUAUGUUAAGGAUCUAUCCAUGCGUCCUGUUAACAGCAGUACAGAAAUGGAACAUGUGAUGGAUCUUGGAAGUAAAAACAGAUCUGUCGGAGCAACACUUAUGAAUGCAGAUUCGUCUCGCUCUCACUCUAUCUUUAGUAUAUUCAUUGAAAUAUUGGAUACUGCUGAUGAUGGAAGUGAGCACAUUCGUGCUGGGAAAUUAAACCUUGUAGAUUUAGCUGGAAGUGAAAGGCAGUCCAAGACGGGAGCAACAGGAGACCGACUCAAGGAAGCCACCAAAAUUAAUCUCUCUUUGUCUGCCCUUGGUAAUGUGAUUUCUGCUCUUGUUGAUGGAAAAGCAAAACAUAUACCUUACCGUGAUUCUAAACUUACUCGUCUGCUGCAGGACUCUUUGGGCGGAAACACCAAAACUCUAAUGGUAGCUUGCCUAAGUCCUGCGGACAACAACUACGAUGAAACGCUGAGUACUUUGCGAUACGCCAACCGUGCUAAGAACAUAAAGAAUAAACCCAAGAUUAAUGAGGAUCCCAAGGAUGCUUUGUUACGAGAAUAUAAAGAGGAAAUAGAAAAACUGAAAAAGAUGUUAAUGGGACAGAUGGAAAUUCCCACUGGCUUGUUAGAUAGCUCCUCUUCUGCAGUGGCCGUCCCWCAAAAAUCAAUGACCCGUCGACUUUCUCAAGAACAUGCUCUCGCGGUGCAAUCGGAGACCGAGAAGUUACGACAAGAGUACGAAGCAAAGAUCUCCGACAUGAAGACGCUCUACGAGGCCGAGCAAAUGUCCAAACAAAAACUACAGGCAGAAAUGGAUCGCUUAAAGGGCGAUUACAACAAGAAAGUUCAUGAUAUUGAAGAACACUAUGCUAUCGAGGAAGGUUUGAUCGACAAAGAUGACAUAACGAAUGGAAUGACUUCUGUUACGCCGGACUAUGGYGCGAGUGAUAUGAGUGUUAUUGCUUUAGACGAGGCCCGACGUGUUUCUGAAUCCCACGCAAAUKUGGCAAAUGACCCGUCARUSCUCCAGAAGCUYCAAGAUAAAAUGCAUAAAGGCAUCGAUUCCAUACAACACUCGUCUACUGCAGCUCUWCACAUGUUACAAGAUAAAGUCAACAAAGCCAACYUAAAUGCAGCCAUGGCAGAUACAAAGGGAGCCCAACAGGAAGCUUUGAAGAGACUUCAGGAACUCCAGGAAAAAAUGGUYGGAGGAGAGAAGAAGGGAGAUCAGAAAUUGAAAGAAAAGMGAAAAGCUAGAAAAGCCUAUGCUAAAACUAAAAARGAAAAACUUUUUCUUGCAGCUAAGAAAAUGGAUGACGAGGGAAUUUCAACUAUGGUUCAGGUAUAUGAUUCGCUACAGGAUGAGAUUAAGUUCAAGACGCGACGCAUUGACAAACUUGAGAAGCAGUUAGCUAGUGUGCAAACCGAUGUCGAUGAUCUUCAAGAAGAAUUCGAACGUGACCGYGAAGAUUACCUCGAUACUAUACGAAAACAAGAACAAACGUUAAAACUCCAACAGCAAAUACUAGAUAAAAUCCAGCCGUGUAUUCGUAGRGACUGCAAUUACUAUAAUAUCGACCGUGUCAAAGCCGAGUGCGUCUGGGACGAAGAYAAUGGUAAGUGGAAUCUCCCGGAUCUUGUGGUCUCGAAAACAACACUUCCUACUCCUGGUGGAAUUAUGCCUGGGGGUUCUCCUCAAAUGAGGCGAAAGUCCCCUACUGGAAGACCACAGAUGGSCCCCCAAGGGCAGAUAAUGAAUGGGUACUCAGGUGCAGGGUUAUAUGAAGAUCCAAGGGAGGACCGUCUCCUUCAUCAUCUAUCGAAGAAUUCUCACGAAGAACUGGCCGCUAACUAUUUCAAACCAAAAAGAGCGGAGAAACUUCUUUCUCAUAAUAAUCGUUUUGAACAAAUAGACAGACGAGAAGCGACCUCCCCAGUAGGACCUAGACAUACAAGCUCUUUUGCAUCUGCGCCACCSCCACGGGUUUUUGGUUCGACCCAAGCCCCAAGUCAACAAGAUGGACUAGUUUCCAGGCCCGUUCGGCUUGAAUCUCUAAACAUGCCAACGGAGAAGGAGAGAAAAAAGAAAAAGAAAAAACAAUCUCAAGCAGACGAUCGACGGCGGGAAGAUUUUUGGUAGUUAGACAUUGUAUUAUAUUGUUAAUUUAUAAUUUACCAAAAAACUGCCAGCGGGCUUCCUGUGGUCGUCAUUUAUAUAUACCAGUCUCUUCUAGAAUCGCUUCGACCACUGGAGGGUCAAAUKUUAUUAUAGAUACGCAUGUAUUAUUGUAGUAAAUAGAUAGGGAAUUCACCAAAUUACGUAAGUAAUUGGUAUUGUUUGAAUUUUGCGAAUAGGUGGAAAAAUACCCCUUUUUUAUUUGUUAUUCCAAAGAGUGCAAAUUUUUGUAAAUUUACAAAGGUUGGUGUACAUAGAAUUAAUUUAUUGCCAUAUCAAUGUAUGUUUAGUAUCAAUCGAUGAGCAUAAUCUGAAGUUUGACGUCCAUUGAAAUAAAUUAUACUCGAGGA